AUGGUUCGUCUUAGUAUCCUGACACUUGCCGCCACCAUCCAGCUCUCUCACGCUUGGCUGCCGAACGAUGGUUCCAGGAAGCUGCUGGAUACCCGUGGGUUCAGCCUCUUCGAUUCGCAGAACGCAACCGUCGAGGAGUCCGAUGGCGUAAGUAAGCGUUGGUGGACGGCCUCGGGCAAGAUCAGGGGCGUCAACCUGGGCUCGCUCUUCGUCUUUGAGCCCUGGAUUGCCAACGGAGAAUGGAGCAAUAUUGGCUGCGGCGGUCAGCAGUCCGAGUUCGACUGUGUCAUGAACACCGGCCAGGAGAGGUCCGAUGCGGCGUUCCAGAAGCACUGGGACACGUGGAUAACCGAAGGCGACCUCAACGAGAUGAUGGGGUACGGUAUCAACACCAUCCGGAUCCCCCUCGGCUACUGGCUUGAUGAAUCGUUGGUCGACAAGAACUCGGAGCACUUCCCAAGGGGAGCUUUGAAGUACUUGAUUCGCUUGUGCGGAUGGGCCAGUGAUCGUGGCUUUUAUAUCAUCCUGGACCAGCACGGUGCCCCAGGAGCCCAGGUUGCAAAAAACUCGUUUACCGGUCAGUUUGCUCCAACCGCGGGGUUUUACAACGACUACCAGUACGGCCGGUCUGUCAAGUUUCUCGAGUUUUUGAGGAAGCUUGUUCACGACCACAAUGAGCUUCGAAAUGUUGGCACUAUCCAGCUCGUGAACGAACCCACCAACUGGGCCUCGUCAGAGCCAUCCCUCCGUAGCACGUUCUACAAGAAGGCCUACAACGCUAUCAGAAAAGUUGAGCGGGAUUUCGACGUGACGGCCAAUAACUACGUCCACAUCCAGAUGAUGUCCUCGCUCUGGGGCUCGGGCAACCCGACCGAGUUCCUUGACGACACAUACUUCACCGCCUUCGACGACCACCGCUACCUCAAGUGGGCCAACAAGGACGAAGUGCCCUGGACUCACGAGAGCUACAUCUCGACGUCGUGCGCUGAUAACCGCAACGGUGACGGCGCGGGGCCGACCAUCGUCGGCGAGUGGAGCAUCAGCCCGCCCGACGAUAUCGAGAACUCGGACGGCUGGAACCGCGACACGCAAAAGGACUUUUACAAGAAGUGGUUUGCGGCCCAGGUGCUGGCGUACGAGAGGUCGACCGCCGGCUGGGUGUUUUGGACGUGGAAGGCGCAGCUUGGCGAUUACCGAUGGUCUUACAGAGGCGAGUUUUACGCCGUGAUUGCGGGAGUCAUCCCGAGAGACUUGAACACGAUUGCGAACUCGGGCGUAUGUGGCUAG